CUUGAUUCAACCAGUCACAAAUUUUACAAUGGCUCCGAAUUUUAGUAAAAUUACUUCAAGAACAGAUGUCAAGAUUGCAAUAGCUGCUACGGCGGCAAUCAGUGCAUGGUUAAUAAAGAAUUCUAUAAAAACUAGUAAAACAAAAUGUCCACGGCCUGGUCAACUCUCUCCAGAAGAGAGAGUCCAAUACAUGAUAAAGGAAAAAAACAAAAAGGAUCCUAAGGCGCAAGUGAAUGCAAGAUUCUUUGCCGAACUGAAAGUACUAUGGAAAAUUAUGGUGCCUGGAUUGUGGUCAAAGGAGAGUGGUUUCAUGGUGUUAAUAGCAAUGGCUCUUGUUUCAAGAACUAUGUGUGAUUUGUGGUUAAUCCAGCAUACUACAUUAGUUGAAGGGUCCAUCAUCACAAUGAAUCAUAAAGAGUUCAGGCGACUUAUAGGACAAGUUUUCCUAGCUAUGCCACUGAUAUCUGUGGUGAAUAAUGUUCUAAAAUGGAGUAUAGGUGAAACUAAAUUAAGGCUUAGGACAAAUCUUACAUUACAUUUAUAUCAAAAAUAUCUCAAAGGUUUCACUUACUAUCAAGUCACAAAUUUGGACAAUCGGAUAUCGAACGCGGAUCAGUUAUUAACCACCGAUAUUGAUAAGUUCUGUGACACAGUUAUUGAUCUGUACAGUAACAUAAGCAAGCCUCUUUUGGACAUUGGACUUUACCUGUACAGAUUAACAGUAAACUUAGGCCCAUCGACACCCGGUAUAAUGAUGGCAUAUCUAUUCGUGUCUGGAAUAUUUUUGACAUAUCUAAGACGACCUACGGCUCGUAUGACGGUUCAAGAGCAAAAACUUGAAGGUGAAUUCAGAUACGUCAAUUCGAGGCUUAUCACCAAUUCAGAGGAGAUUGCUUUUUACCAAGGCAACAACCGCGAGAAGCUGACGCUGCUGGCCAGCUUCUACAAGCUGACGCGGCAUCUGCGCAACUUCCUCAACUUCCGAGUCGCCAUGGGCUUUGUCGACAACAUCAUCGCCAAAUAUGUGGCAAUAAUAGUCGGAUUCUAUGCAGUUUCUCGUCCCUUCUUCGUCAAGGAUCACAACUUACUCACAACCAGCACUGAAAAUGAUCGAUUUAAGCACUACUACACGUACGGGCGCAUGCUGGUGAAGAUGGCGGAGGGCAUCGGGCGGCUGGUGCUGUCGGGGCGCGAGCUGAGCAAGCUGGCGGGGCUGACGGCGCGCGUCACGCAGCUGCACCAAGUGCUGGAUGAUGUCAACUCCGGCAACUACAAGCGCACCAUGGUUGACAGGAACAACCAUAAUACUAACGAGGGUGGUCCGCUGUCGCUGGUGCCUGGUGCGGGGCGCAUCAUCUACAAGGACAAGAUCAUCCGCUUUGACAAGGUGCCGCUCGUCACACCCAACGGUGACGUACUCAUCAGAGAACUUACAUUUGAAGUGCGAUCUGGUAUGAACGUGUUGGUGUGCGGACCCAACGGAUGCGGCAAGUCCUCCAUGUUCCGUCUGCUGGGAGAGUUGUGGCCGAUAUUCGGGGGCACUCUCACCAAGCCUCCGCGCGGCAAUCUCUUCUAUGUCCCGCAGAGACCUUACAUGACGCUCGGCACACUACGCGAUCAGGUGAUCUACCCGCAAAGUCGCGAGGAGAUGUUGCGGCGAAAGAGGUCUGACAGCGAGCUGGCGCGCUUCCUGCAGCUGGUGCAGCUGGCGUAUCUCGCUGACAGAGAGGGAGGCUGGGACGCUGUCGAGGACUGGAUGGAUGUUCUCUCCGGCGGCGAGAAGCAGAGGAUAGCUAUGGCGCGUCUGUUCUACCACGAGCCGCAGUUCGCGAUACUGGACGAGUGCACGAGCGCCGUCUCUGUCGACGUAGAAGGACAAAUGUACCAGUACUGCAGAGAGAUGGGAAUAUCAUUGUUCACGGUGUCGCAUCGUAAAUCGUUAUGGCAACAUCACGACCACUACCUGCGCAUGGACGGCCGCGGCGGCUACGAGUUCGCCGCCAUCGACAAAGACACGCAGGAAUUCGGCUCCUGAUCGACGCACGCGCAUCUCACCGCGCACACUACCGCCAUCUCUCAACACCUGUAAAACAACUGCGAGUUGAAUAUAUUACUAUAAGUUCCUUCUUUUUAUAAGAAAAUCUGGCGAUUUUUUUUUAAUAAUUUAGUAAAUAUUGUUGUUUAUAAAUCGAAUAUAAAUCUUUUGAGGGUAAAGUUUUUUGUGGGAACUUAAAAAAUUGUACACUCAAGUCUUAGGGGGAGUUUGUCGCCCCUUCCUUAAGAUAUACGGUAAAAUACUUAGUAAAUUUAUCAUUUUGUAAAGUAUCGUAUAUAUAAAAUUCUCGUAUCACAAUUUUCCUUCCCAUAGCGAAACGGCUUGACCGAUUCUCAUGAAAUUUUGUGAGCAUAUUGAGUUGCUCUGAGAAUCAGCUAACAUCUAUUAUUAGUAAUUAAUUCUGCUAAUGCAAGCUGACAUAAAAGGGACAAAAGGUAACAUGACAUAGUUCUUAUAAAUCAUUACAUAAUCACCUCAGACCACAAUCUCAGACAAGUAACGACACGUAUUUUAAGAACGACCACAAUUUUAAUAAACUACAUAAAAAAUGUACAAAAUUGUGUUGUACGUUAGCUAAAUAGUUUACAAGCAACUCAUUUAAACUAUAUUAUGUAU